AUGAUUUUGCUAAUUGACUCGUAUGACUCGUUCACCAAUAAUCUUGCACACUUGAUUAAGAAUGUAACGAAAAAGAGGGUUGUUAUUAUACAUAAUGAUUCGUUUUCACCAGAUGAGUAUGAAUCAUUUUUCCAACAAGUCAAGCUGCAUUUCGAGUACAUAGUUAUUGGCCCUGGUCCGGGACACCCCGCAUUGGCAAAGGAUGUGGGAAUAAUAAGUUGGGUGAUAAACAGAAUCAAAAAAGCUGGUUUUGAGAAUGCAAUUCCCAUUCUAGGGAUUUGUCUAGGUUUUCAAAGUCUUUGUUACGAAUAUGGCAAUAAGGUUGAGCGACUAAAGGAGAUCAAACACGGUCAAAUUUUCAAGAUCCAUCCUGUUGACAAGAGUGAGUUGUUUUCAGAUACUAUCCCAUUUGAUAGUGUGCGAUACCAUUCGCUCUAUGUUGACUCAAGAAAUUUGACCAAAGAUAUUGUGCCUCUUGCAUAUUGUUACGAAAGCUCACUGGAUCGGGAGUCUAAAAUCUUGAUGGCUAUGAGAAUCAAGGAACUCCCGCUCUAUGGUGUACAGUACCAUCCAGAGUCGAUAUGUUCUGAAAACGGAGAAAAUUUAAUUUUGAACUUUACAAAGAUGGCAAGCAAGUAUAAUGAAGAGUAUAGAAGAAAUACCACCACCAAGAUCACAGACAAAGUCGAGGGAGACUUUACAUGGCUAGAAACCCGCGCCAUACAUGAAAACGGGUUAAUAUCUAAUGGUUAUGCACAAAGCUUUGAUUGUAACUUGGUUUUUGAAAAUAUCAAAAUUUCUCAAGCCAUCACACCAAUCGACAUUUGUGAUUAUUUCUUUCAUAAAGAUAAAGAAACAAACUUUGUUCUUUUAAACUCAGCAUCUUAUCCAGGAGAAUGGUCCAUUAUUGGCUUUCCAAUUAAAGGUGAAAGUUUAGUCAUUGGACACUCCGUAGACGACAUGAACCAUAUCACUAUUUCAAAGUAUAAAACUGGGAAAAUUGAAAAACGCCCAGUUGAUGGGCACGAAGGCAUGUGGAAGUAUGUUGCCAGCGAAAUGCGUCGCAAGUACAUUCCGCGAAAUGUGUUGAAGCUCAAGGUUGAAAAAAGAUACCACACUAGAGAAAUACCAUUUUUUGGUGGGUUUAUGGGACUCAUUUCGUAUGAGGAAGGUCAGCACAUAAAAUAUGAAAAGCUCAAGCUGUUUUGUAAUGGGAACACGCCAGAUUUGAAGUUGAUAUAUAUCGAGAGAUUUCUCAUUUAUGAUCACAUUACCAAGGAUUGGUUUCUCGUAUCAUUAAAUAAAGGAACUCAAGAAUGGGUUCUGGAAAUGCGUCAAGACUUGAACAACGUAACUCCGAUAGACUUGCAAGAAAUUGCUUCAAGUGUCAAAGACUUUGUACGUGAAGAGGAUACUAAUAAGAUUAAAUUUGAGUUACCUUUGCAAGAUAUAUAUCAAAAGCAGUUUGAGAAAUGUCAGGAGUACUUACAUUCAGGUGACUCCUAUGAGUUAUGUUUAACAACCCAGCUGAAGAUCUAUUUGCCGUCAUAUAUAGAGUCUUGGGAUAUUUACAAGGUGCUCACAUUACACAAGAACCCCUCGCCAUUUUCAUGUUUUAUGGAUUUUGAUGAUUGCUGUUUGAUAUCUUCAUCUCCAGAAAGAUUUUUGUCUUGCAAAGAGGAAGGUUUCCAAAAGGUUGUUCAAUUGAGGCCAAUUAAAGGUACAGUGAAGAACACUCCCGAGAUUGAUUUUUCCAAAGCUACAGAAAUCCUCAAGACGCCCAAGGAAAUGGGCGAGAAUUUAAUGAUUGUUGACUUGAUCAGACACGAUUUGUAUCAAUUUACUGAGGAUGUGAAAGUUACCCAAUUAAUGGCAGUGGAGGAAUACAAGACGGUGUUUCAGUUAGUUAGUGUAAUCCAAGGAGUGCUAGCAGAAAACAAGAAGUUCCAUGGGAUUGAUAUUCUCCACAAAUCAUUGCCCCCAGGAUCGAUGACUGGAGCACCAAAGAGAAGAUCGGUGCAAUUAUUGCAAGAUAUAGAGGAUGCGCAAAACAAUGUCACUGCGGGAGGAAGAAGAGGCAUUUAUAGUGGCGUUGUAGGUUAUUGGUCAGUCACAGACGACUCUGAUUGGAGUGUCAUUAUUAGGUCGGUUUUCCAUUACAAAGAUGAUUUAGAGAAUUCUCGCGAUUUAAGCUUGUGGCGUAUUGGUGCUGGUGGUGCAAUAACUGUGCUUAGUGAUUGUUUGGAUGAAUGGGACGAGAUGAACUUGAAACUAACUAGUGCAUUACAAGCCUUUAACUAA